GUCGGCGUGGGCGUCCCGUGCAUGAGAUCAGGCAGCAUGACUGACUCUGAUCUCUUCAGUCGAGGCCGAGGGUGUUCGAGGCGUUGGUGCGUCUGCCUCGUGUUGGCUGUGCUCUUCGUCUCCCUGGGCGUCGUGGCGGGGAUCUAUUUCGCGUACCAGUUCCUCGGCCUCGAGCUGCCCCACGAGCGAGUGUUCCGCGGCAGCUUCCACGUGAGGAACGGAGACAGAUGGUCGCCUCAGCUGUCGGAUUCAAGUAACCCUUCGUACAUCACCACUGCGGAGGCUUACAUUGGCCGACUCGAUAGCGUGUACAAGAACUCCGUCUUCAAGAAUGUGUUCAUCCGCGCUGAAGUGUUGGGGUUCGAUAGAGACGAGGACGACUCCCUGGUCGUGCACUUCAACCUGCACGUCAACUACCGCCGCCUGCACCUGGACGCAGCUGACUUGUACCUCGUCCUCAUGUCGGAAAUCAGGAGCUCCAACUCGGUCGCUCUCCACGGCAUCACGAUCGACGAGGAGACGGUCGAGAUACAAGUUCCAGACAUGAUAUAA